AUGAUGAAAUUAUAUAUAUAUAUUGUAGUUCUUGUUCAUAUCGAAUGGACUUUCGGAAUUCGAUGUUAUUCAUGUACAGGUAAAAAGAAUGGUGAACAAAAUCUGUUUGAUCCAUGUUUGAAUCCAGCUGAAAACGUAGGCGAUGGAAAUGUCUAUGAAAUUGAUUGUUUAAAUACCAAACUUUGCUGGAAAGCAGUAACAGGUGGCAAAAUAAGACGUGGCUGUGGAGAGAAACGAUGUGCAUUUAUACCUGAUAUCAAUAUGGGACCACUGGUUAGUCAAACAUGCUGUUCAAAUGAUUUAUGCAAUCGAACAUCUUCAGUUAUGUUGUCGAAAGCAAUAGUGUAUUCUAUUAGUUUUUUAAUCUUUUUUUUUCGUUUACUUCAUUAA